CGGAUUAUCCACUGCCCAAUCGCUAAAGUAGGGUCUACUUUCUGGAAAAGGAUCUUAUUAUUUCUACACAACGAUACAAAUGGAUUGAAAUUUAACCACCCAUUCGAAAUACCUCGUAUGUUAACUCACUAUGGUCCACGCCAGUCCAUGAAGAGCCAAGCAUUUGAUAGAUUAUCACGGCCGAUAUUACGAAAUAUGACCCGAGUACUGUUUGUUCGAGAUCCUUAUUCAAGAUUGUGGUCUGCUUAUUUGGAUAAAUUCUUUUUGCCCGACUUUUGGAGAACUUAUGCUAAAAAUAUUGUUUUGCGCCGCCACGAGCGUUCACUGAAAGCUGGCAUAUGCCAUCACGACGUCACUUUUGAAGAAUUCUUGGCUUAUGUCGUUGACUUGAAAGACGAACCGGGCGUUCUAAAUGAACAUUGGCGUCCUAUACAGCAUAUCUGUAACCCUUGUGAAUUCAGACCCCAUUUAUUAGGAAAGCAAGAAUCUUUCGCCCAGGAUGCAAAAUAUGUGUUAAAUUAUUUUAAUUUAGAUUAUCUACUUCCGUCCUACGAUCAUAAUGUGUACGUAGAGGAGGAACUGCACAUGUUGAUAAAUUACAAUUAUAAACUAUUAAAACAGAAACAUUACGACGGAUGUAUAACAAAGCAGGAAUUAGCAGGAAAACUGUGGUCCGUGUUUGAAUUUAAUGGUUAUCUCCCUUUGGGUUCAAAAACAAUUCUAGAUGCUACCAGUAAUUUUACUAUGAAUUCAUUUACUGACUUAGUUCUAAAAACACAUAGAAAUAGACCUAAAACACCAGCCGAGUGGAAGAGACAGAGAAUAGAGGCCAUGACAGCUGCCUACAAAUCGAUAUCUAAUUACGUCAUAGAGGGUUUACAGGAGACCUUUAAAAUGGAUUUUAUACAUUUCAAUUAUGAUCCAAUUCCUCCUGGGAAGAGAGUGUGAUAACAGAUGUACUAUAAAUCAAUAUAAUGAUGUUCGAUCAUGAACUAAAACAGGUACACGAUGGAUGUUCGGAAAAUCUUACCUUUCAUACAUACUCACUGCUGUAGGUCUACUUAAUUUUUUAGUAGUGGUCAAAUAACUCACUUCAUGAAAGUUUUUACAUAUUGUCCGCUUUGUUACUAAUGUAAAGCCAACAGACGCAAGACUAUUAAGACGUACAAAACACAUUUAUUAUAUUAUCGCCAAAGAGUACAAUACUUGUGUACAUAAAAUCAUACAAAUAUUUUAACAUGUGUUUUAAAAUCUGUAAAAACAAUAACAUCCAUUUUGUUCUAUGGCAAUGGUAAUACAUAAAUCGUUAAAAAUGUAUAUACAUGUAUAUAUAUAUAUCUAUUGAUAAAAUCUUUCAUCGGUCAAAUCUUAAAAUCAGCAGAUAAUAUGAUACACAGCCCCGUUUAUAACCUCUACAGAUGUCUUCCCUUUUAAGUUUCAACUUUGCAAUAUUGUAGUUUGUACGAAAUUCAAAAUCCGUGAAAUGACGAUCA